AAUGGGCUCUCGAAAGCAUUGGAACGAUAUUGACUGGGACGCAGCUUUUUCUACAGGACCAGCGGUUGUAAACGCUACUUUAAACUCACUUACAAACGAGUUCGAAGUUUCUCAACCAAAACAAAACUCACGCGCACGCUCCAAGUUCGACUUUGGCAACAACCAACCCUCUAGCACUUGGAUCGACGACGCCCAAGUGAGUUGGAACACAAAUGGCGCGACAUCCACUCAAAAUUGGUCUGGCGAGUUCAACGAUCCACCUCAAGAACCUGGCAAGUUUAGUACAAAAGAAUUCACAGCAGAAACCACGACGUUUCGAUUGAAUUUUGAUAUUGAUGAUGAGACACCUACGUUCUCUAAAGUGACAGACUAUAGCUCGUAUCGUACACAAAAUGUCGUACCCGAUUAUGAAGAUAUCAUUACGGCAGAACAACUUAAGGAUCCCCAAGAAUGGGAAAACCGUCAUUUUCGUGACCCUUUUCCUGAUGUGCCUGUCAAUCUGGUCAAGCAGCCUUAUGAGAGUGUGGAGCAGUACUUGUAUACCCAUUUUGAGUUAAUGAGACAGGAUUUCUUGAUUCCUUUACAAAAUGCGGUUAAAUCAUACAAGGAAGUGUAUCAUGCCACCAAAGAUGCAGAUGAUGUAGGUAUAGCUAUGGAAAAUGCAGCAUCUUAUCAAAGACCUUAUCGUUUAUAUGAACAUGUUGGUUUGAAUGCGAUUGUGUUUGGUAAUCGUCAACCGCUUUAUCGAAUCAGUUUUCGUUUGCCUUAUUAUGUACGUGUCAAUUGGGCUCAAUCAAAGCGUUUAAUGCCUGGUACAUUGGUCUUGUUGUCCAAGGAUCAUUUUGAAAAAGACUUGAAGAUUGCUACCAUUGUAGAGCGUGGAGAAGAACCCAUGCGAGGUGCAAGUCGAUUUGAAUACCUGUUGGACUUGUAUCUCGAAAGAGACAAUGAAAAUCAACCUUUAGGCUUUGGUGAUCCUAGUUUGACUUCAGAAGACACUUAUGUCAUGUUGGAAGCAACCGAUGGUUACUUUGAAGCCUAUCGUCAUGUACUAACUGUGCUUCAAAAGACAUCUACAGGUGGCUUACCAUUUUCUCAAUACCUUGUGAAUCUAUCGAACAAUGUGCUUGUACCUCAUUAUGCAGCCUAUAAACGUUACUAUAAUAUUAACGUGCAGACAAAAUCAAGAACAAAAGAACACUGGCCUAUUGAUAUCCGAAGUGAAUGGCCACAUUAUAACAAUGGCAUGGAUGAGACACAGAUGGAUGCCUUAAGAACUAUCUUGUCACAUAACCUGUCGAUUGUUCAAGGUCCUCCUGGUACAGGUAAAACGUAUGUGGGUACUUAUGCUAUGCGUGUCUUGUUGAACAACUUUGAAGGAUCGAUUGGUCCUAUUGUCUGUAUUUGUCAAACAAACCAUGCACUGGACCAAUUCUUGGAGCACAUCUUGGACUACAAUGAUAAAAUUGUGCGUGUAGGUGGUCGAUCCAAGUCUGAACUGCUAAAAGAACAUACAUUGUAUGAGCUCAAAAAGGCACACCAAAGACCUCGAGGACUCGGCAGACUGUAUCGCAGUAGAGACCAAGUAGCUAAAGAGAUUAAAAAUAUCAUCAUUGAGCUUUAUGAAGAACCUUGUGUGACCAUUGACUACAUUGCUAGCAUCAAGGGCUUAAAGGAUCGCCAACUUGCUUCCCUGAAAUACAUUGCUGAAAAAGAAAAGAACCGAAAAGACACAUCCAAUACAACUAUAUUCAGUACAAAUGAUGGGGAUUCAGAUGAUGAUUGGGAAAUCACUUCAGUAGAGCCAGUAGCUAAACCCAAACCUACGAAUCAACAUAAAAAGGGUAAUCAACAGCGCGAACGAUUCUCGAGAAAUCCUAGAGGAUCGAAGGGUGAUUGGACUGGUGGAAAUCCAAACUAUGUCCAAGAAGUGAAGGAGAAGGAACCCAAUCCAGUCGAGAUAUGGUUGCGUGAGGCCAUUGACUAUGUCGAUAACGCAGGCAUUACUACUUCUUUAGCUGAUGAAAUGAAACAAAACUUUUUAGAACAAGAAAAGGGCCUUGUGUUUGAAGAAGACCCAGAAGAACGAGAUUUGAUUGAAGAAGAAGAAUUCUUGGAUGUACAACAAGCUUUUAAAGGUGAAGACCAAGACUUACAAGGCAAUAAAAGUCCUUUUAUCCAGAUUGGUAAAGCCUAUCAAAGACAGACAGAGCCUAGUUUGGGUGAAAGACCUGAGCGCAAAAUCAUCAAUUAUUCUAAAAUCAGGCCUGUGUCUACAUUUGAUUCCAAGAAAUUCAACUUUUUCGAAGAUACUGUCAAUCAGCCUGUGUUUGAUGAAGACCAUGCCAAUCUUUCUUUAGAGCGAUGGAGAAAAGAAGAUGAUGUUUCUAUGUGGCCCUUGCCUGUUCGUCUAAAGGCCCACAAGGAAUGGGCAGAACGUAGACAAGCAGAACUCCAAUUUAAACUCAAUGGACUCAUGAGACGAUACCAAGCCAUUUCAAAUGAUAUCCGUAAGUUAACAGCCAAUUUCGAAGCCAAGAUUUGUAGAGAGCACUAUGUUGUAGGCAUGACAAGUACUGCUGCUGCUAAAUACCAUGAUCUGUUGGAAGAAAUGCGACCUAGGGUCAUGAUUGUGGAAGAAGCAGCAGAAAUGCUGGAAUCACACAUCAUUUCUGCUCUCACAGAUUCAUUAGAGCACUUGAUCUUGAUUGGUGAUCAUCAACAACUGAGACCUUCAACUGCAGUUCAUGGAUUAGCUGAAAACCAUGCGCUAGGUGUUUCUUUGUUUGAGCGUCUGGUCAUGAACCAAUUCCCUUUCACAAGACUUUCUCAUCAACGUCGUAUGCGUCCAGAAAUCCGUUCCUUAAUCAACCCUAUCUACAAAGAUCCUCCACUCAAUGAUCACUCUGAUGUCUAUCGAUACCCACCUAUUCGAGGCAUGGACCAAUCCGUGUUCUUCUUGGCCCAUAGUGAAGAUGAAACUCAUAUAAGUGAAUCCGCUUCUAAAGUCAAUGAGCAUGAAGCUAAAAUGGUAGCCAAAUUAUCUGUCUAUUUACUUCAACAAGGGUAUGGAACGCAAGACAUCACGAUCAUUACCAUGUACUCGGGCCAAAAAUCCAUGAUCAAACGAGCCUUGCGUGACGAACGUCGCCCCAAUGUGGAUCCUGAGCCUAUUCUUGUGAGCAGUGUGGAUGGUUACCAAGGCGAAGAAAACAAGAUUAUCAUUUUAUCACUUGUCAGAAGUAAUGCCAAUGGGCAAAUCGGUUUCUUAAAAGUGGCUAAUCGUGUUUGUGUGUCGUUAUCCAGAGCGCAGCAUGGUCUUUACAUUCUUGGUAAUGCUAGGUUGUUGUGUGAAAGAAGUGACUUGUGGAACGAAAUCGUGGGAAACAUAGAAGAUCAGAAUGAACAAAUGAUUGGCACUAGACUUGUUCUCAAAUGUGAAAAGCAUGGAACAAGAACUCAAGUUCAAUGGCCUGUCGAUUUCACUGAAGCAGAAGAAGGAGGCUGUAAAAAGCCUUGUGCAGAAACAUUGCCCUGUGGCCACAAGUGUACCUUAAAAUGUCAUUCUUAUGAUCAUGAAAACUAUAAAUGUAAAUUACAGUGUGGAAAAAUACUCCCGUGUAAACAUGCUUGUAAUCGAUUGUGCUAUGAACGCUGUGGUCCAUGCACUGCUGUCUUGCCUGUUCGUUUACCUUGUGGCCAUACAAUACCAAUUGAAUGUGGUCAAAUUCGAGCCAUGGCAUUGAAUCCAGGAAACCAAAGAUGUUCAGUCUGUAAAAAGCCUUUAAAAUAAAGUUGAAUUGUGUGCAACAAAUAUAUGUUCAUCACUGAU